AUGGAGCCGCUCUCUCUCCCCCCGGAUUCUCCCCCGGGCGGUUCGGGCACGGAGCCAGGAUGGAGCGCUCUCUCUCCCCGGAUUCCCCCGGGCGGUUCGGGCACGGAGCCCAGGACGGAGCCGCUCUCUCUCCCCCCAGAUUCUCCCCCGGGCGGUUCGGGCACGGAGCUCAGGACGGAGCCGCUCUCUCUCCCCCCGGAUUCUCCCCCGGGCGGUUCGGGCACGGAGCCCAGGACGGAGCCGCUCUCUCUCCCCCCGGAUUCUCCCCCGGGCGGUUCGGGCACGGAGCUCAGGACGGAGCCGCUCUCUCUCCCCCCGGAUUCUCCCCCGGGCGGUUCGGGCACGGAGCCCAGGACGGAGCCGCUCUCUCUCCCCCCGGAUUCUCCCCCGGGCGGUUCGGGCACGGAGCAGCGGCGGCUCCGGUUCCGGCAGUUCCGUUACCAGGAGGCGGCGGGGCCGCGGGCGGCCUGGCGGAGGCUGCGGGAGCUGUCGCGGCUGUGGCUGCGGCCCGAGGAGCGCAGCAAGGAGCAGAUGAUGGAGCUGCUGGUGCUCGAGCAGUUCCUCAGCAUCCUGCCCGAGCACAUCCAGAGCUGGGUCUGGGUGCGGCACCCGCGCUCCGGCGAGCAGGCCGUGGCCUUGGCCGAGAGGUUCCAGCUGCACCCAGAGGAGCCCGAGGGGAUUUGGGAGCAGCAGGUGACCGUGAGGGUGGAGCUGGAGGAGCUGGAGGACCCCGGAGCUCUGGGGGUCCCCCCGAGCCCCCCGACGGAGCCGCCCCAGGAGGAGGAGGAGGAGGAGGAGGAGGAGGAAGAGCGGCGGGAAGGAGAUCCGGACCCUCCCAUCCCCGUGGCCCAGAUCCGGACCCUCCCAUCCCCGUUCCCGCAUCCGGACCUCCACAUCCCCGUGCCGAAUCCGGACCCUCCCCACCCCCGUGCCCGGAUCCGGACCCUCCCCACCCCCGUGCCCGGUCCCACCACCACCCCGGAUCUUCCCCUUCCCCACCCUCAGCACCCCCAGACCCCCCAACCAGAACCCCCCCAGCAUCUCCAACCCCGCCGAGCCCCCCUUGGCACCGAGGGCAUUGCGGGCACCCCGGGGGCGCGGCCGUUCCCCUGCGGGCAGUGCGGGAAGAGCUUCGGGCGCCGGACGCACCUGCGGGCGCACGAACGGACGCACACCGGGGCGAAGCCGUUCCCGUGCGGGCACUGCGGGAAGAGCUUCGGGCACCCCAGCACGCUGAGCACGCACCGGCGGCUGCACACGGGCGAGCGGCCCUACCCGUGCCAGGCGUGCGGGAAAAGCUUCACCAACCCCUCGGAUCUGCGCAAGCACCUGCGCUCGCACACGGGCGAGCGGCCCUACGCCUGCCCGGCCUGCGGCAAGCGCUUCAGCCAGCGCUCCAACCUCAGCAUGCACCGCCGCAGCCACACGCAGGAGCGGCCCUACCCCUGCCAGGCUUGCGGCAAGAGCUUCAAGUACCUGGCGGACCUGCGGGUGCACCAGCGCUCGCACACGGGCGAGCGGCCCUUCCCCUGCGGCCACUGCGGCAAGAGCUUCGGCAACAAGUCCUCGCUGGCCCGGCACGCGCGGAUCCACGCCCGGGAGGCGGCCAGGGACAAGUGAGGGAG